AUGGCGAACACAACGUGGGAGCAUAGAGCCAAGAGCAAGCAAGCUCAGACGGCAGCAGCGAUUCCACCAGAAUGGACUUUACCAGCCGAUAUACUUCUCGACUCCUCGGCGAAUGUCCUCGAUGUGCCCAGGACCUGUGGGCUCCUGACCGAAAGAGAAAUCCAUAUUACCGAAGACUAUGAUGCCACAGCAUUACUUGAAAAGUUGGCUACCGGAGAGUUCAGCUCACUCGAGGUCACGACAGCAUUCUGCAAGCGGGCUGCAAUUGCGCAGCAGUUGACCUGCUGCUUGACGGAAAUCUUCUUCGACAAAGCACUAGCCAGAGCAAAGCAGCUCGACGAAAUUCUGGCUCAAACUGGGGUAACAACCGGGCCACUGCAUGGCCUGCCCAUAAGUAUCAAGGAGUCGUUCAAUGUCCCUGGAGUUCCGACUACACUGGGGUUCGUCGGAUUUCUCGAUCGGGCCCCGGCGUCCAUGAGUUCCGCCCUGGUUGAGAUCCUGAACAACUGUGGGGCUGUUCUAUAUGUCAAGACCAAUGUCCCCCAGACAAUGAUGACUCCGGACUCCCAUAACAAUGUCUUCGGUCGUGUGCUCAACCCGCACGGACGGAGCCUGACCGCUGGAGGCAGCAGUGGCGGAGAGGGAGCAUUGGUGGCGAUGAGGGGCUCAGUCCUCGGCGUGGGGACAGAUAUCGCCGGCUCCAUUCGCAUCCCCGCCCUCUGCUGUGGUGUUUUUGGUUUCAAACCCACGGCUUGCCGUAUCCCAUAUGCAGGUCAAACGUCUGCCGGGCGUCCGGGUAUGACGGGCAUCCUGCCGUCCGCCGGGCCCAUGUGCCAUUCUAUCCGCGAUGCAGAACUCUUUCUCAAAGUUGUCCUCAACUCGAGGCCUGCCGAUCUGGAUGACUAUGCACUCGACAUUCCAUGGUCCCCUGCUCCGCAAAAGGAGAGGCUUACUAUUGGGCUCCUGCCCGAGGACCCGUCGUUCCCGCUUCAUCCACCGAUGCGACGUACCCUGAACGCCGCAGUGAAGGCGCUGACUACAGCCGGACACCGGGUCAUCGACCUCUCAGGACAGGCUCCGUCCUUCUCCAAUGCAUGUUCUCUGGCAUUGCGAUAUUUCGGCCUGGACCCGGAUCGAACUGCACUGCGCCACAUAACGCAGGCGGGCGAACCUUUCAUUCCUUCGCUCAAAUUCACCUAUGAUCUCAAUGAGCCGACACGUGAGCCCACCUUGAGAGAUCUAUUCGAAUCGAAUGUCGCCCGUAGUCAGCUCGCAACCCAGGCACGAAAGCUCUUCGUUGAUAAUCAGCUUGAUCUGUUCCUGGGCGCGGCUUAUCAAAGCACAUCGGUUCCCCAUGAUACCUACGGUAUUCCGGUAUAUACCGUGCUUUGGAACCUGAUUAAUUAUCCGGCGUGCGUUAUCCCAUUUGGGCAGGCCAACAAGGUAGAGGACGCAGCGUAUAACCGCGACGUCUCUUAUGUGCCAGACUAUCGGCCAGAAGAAAUUGAAGGCGCACCGUGUCACAUCCAUCUGAUAGGCAGACCGAUGGCGGACGAAAAAUUGGUUCAGGAUGCGAAGACUAUAUGCACCGUAAUGAGUGAUGUCUCUUGA